UCAGAGGAGCGCAAUGGAAGAAUCAAGCCUCUCGAUAUCGUGGGAUGCGUUGACCUGUUCCAUAUGUCUGGAUAUUCUAAAGCAUCCUGUGUCACUACAGUGUGGACACAGUUUCUGCUUGAAAUGCAUUACAGAUAGCUGGGAUGAAGCAGGGGUUUGCAGAUGUCCACAUUGCAGAAAGACCUUCACCCAGAGACCGGAUCUGUGCAUUAACAUACAUCUGGCUAACGCAGUGGAGAAGUUAAACAUGGCAUCUCAGAAUAGAGCUGGACCUGAUGACAUAGAGUGCAGUUUCUGUAGUGAAGUCAAGCUCAAAGCUGUCAAGUCCUGCCUCACCUGCUUGGCCUCCUACUGCGAGAUUCACAUCCAACCCCACAACAAAAUCAGUACCUUGAAGAAUCACAACCUGGUGAAUCCAACGAGAAACAUCGAGAAUUACAUGUGUUCACAACACCAGAAAGCUCUGGAGCUGUUUUGUACUGAUCAUUGUGUGUGUAUCUGCAGCUCGUGUGUGGCUGAUAAACACAAGAACCACCACACUGUCCUGCCUGAAAGGGAAAGAGCAAAGAAACAGAGCCAACUAGAGGAGCUUCAACGGAACACUCAGGACAGAAUCAGUGACAGACAGAAACAAAUAGAAGUGCUGAAACAGACCAUCAAAAACGUUAAGGGCUCUGUAGAGACCGAAGAACAACAAAGCAUGGAGGUUCUCAAAGACCUGAUCGACAGCAUUGAGGAAACCUGCCAAAAAAUAACUCAGCUUUUUAAAGAUCAAGAAAAUAAAGAGGUGGAAAGGUUUAAAGAACCAAUUGAACGACUUAAGAAUGAAAUCGAGGUGCUAAAUAAGAGAGACUCUGAGCUAACUGAGCUUUCAGAGACCGACAAUGACAUCUACUUCCUGCAGACCUUUCCAUCAGUCUCUACCCCAAUUCACGAGGUAAGCCAUCCCAGUGUUGACGUCAGCACAGACUUCUCGGGUGAGCUUCUGAGGAAGGAAUUGUCCCAUCUGAAACAAAGUGUGGAAGAGAUCAGCCAGUGGGAAUUUGUAGAAGAAACUGAGGAAGGACAUCAUCGUUCAACUUCCAGACUAAGAAAAUCAGUGAUGAGGAGCACUUCCCAGCACAGCGUGACAGAAGUGCACCACUUUGACAACACUGGGAUGUGGCUUGGAAAUUUUCAAAAGGCUCUGUUCAUCUUAUUUUUUGUUAGCCUAGGAUUUUCGUUAUUUUUCAUAUGUAAUAUGCUAUAUUUACCUGAAAUUUUCCCCCAAAGCAAAUCAAUUGUAUACAAUUCAAUUAGCAACCAAAAGUGUGAUGAUUUGUGCAAUUGGGUCACUGGCAUGUUUAAUGGCUCAUAUGGGGUUUUAAAUUGCAUCAAUAGGUGUGUUUACAUUGCAGAGUCAGAGUUAGAACACAUUUGUGGCAAAAGCUGAUCCUGUCAAGUAGGGCUGUAGGGCUCAAGUUCGAUUCUUGAAGCCAAGUCCAGACUUGGGAUGGUGUUGAGGUCAAAAAUUCACUAGUGAGUUAUGUUCAGAUUAGAUAACGUUGGGAAAAGUUUAUUUCAGCAUGGUGUCUGUGUGUGUGAAAAAUCAAAAUUGAUUUUCAUGUCUUAAAAAUAUAAUCAUCAUUGGAAAAUGAUGCAGAUUUUUUACACAGGAUACAGGAUUAUUAAACACUUAUUAUAGUGUGACCUGUGUCCAACAGUACAGAAAUUGGUCUGCUCCAUUUUGCUAUGCGGCCAGGUCUUCUAAUUUGCAAAAUGUUUGCACAAGUAGUAUUUGAGAUAUGUAAUUUUUUAAAAUAUAGUCAUGCACACGUGCAUUCACGCACUCAAGGAAAUUUAUAAUUUAAGACAGCUGACAGCUCGUUUGUCCUAUCAGAACAUAUGCUUUAUAGAUAGAUAGAUAGAUAGAUAGAUAGAUAGAUAGAUAGAUAGAUAGAUGUUAGUAUAAUAGGUAGGAUAAAAUUGAUAGAUUGUAGUGUAGUAGGCAGGAUUA